CAUACACUAUAUAUUUUUUUUUGCAAAGUAGAAAUAAUGACUGAUAAAAGUCCUAAAAGAGAAGAUAAAAAUUCUAGAAAAUCAAAAGCUCCUAAGGGUAUUUUAAAAAGUUCUGCUAGCAUAGAUGAAUCCAAAUCAGAACGUAAAGAAAGUUUAAAAGAGGACAUAAAAUGGGAUGAAAUGAAUAUCUUGGCGACUCAUCAUCCCGACGGAAAAGAUUACGGCCACAUGAAGGUUGACGAGCCAAAAACUCCAUUUCCCUACGAUAUGGAGCUCAGCGGUGAUUUGGAUCCAGACGAACUAACCUCAUCAUUAGUUAACGUGGGCGGCAUUAUGAGCCUUCCCGCCGACCUAAAACCUAGCUCUUCUGAAGAUGAUGAUAGUACGCGACAAUCCUUCGAAGACGAUGAGGGCGGAGAAGAACAUGACGAUGAAGAUAUUCAUCGUAAUCCGGGUUUCGAAAAAAAACGCCGCGCCCAUUACAACGAAUUUCAAGCCGCAAAACUGGCUAAAAAACUACUGGCCCGAGAGCUACCCCUAGACACUAACAAGGGGGGCGAUGAAGACAAACGGUUAAAGGAAGCCGAAGCAAACGCAAAGAAAAACACUCAAACACUUUCCAACAAUAUUUUAAACACGGAGUACUCCCCCUCACAUCAUAGUCAUAGCCCCACGCGCAACUGAAUUGAGUUAUAUUUAUAAUAUUAUUCUAUAUAUUCAAAAAUAAAAAGUUGAGACUGAACAUUUGGGAUAUAUAUAUCCUUUAUAAAUAAAGAAAAAUCGAGUUAUUUUCUUUUUAAAAUAAUUUUAUUUAUAGCAUAAUACAAUUUCAUGAAAUUUUUUAAACAAUCCGUAAUUUUAUAAUCGUUGAUAAUUUUACAAUCAUUUUUUUUGAUGAAUAUAAUAAAUGUAAAGUACAUAGGUUAAUU